GCAAAACCCUCUCUCAAAACCUCUCCUCCCCUCUAUCCAUCUAAAACAUUGAAAAACCCUCUUCAAACCUUCCUCUUUAUCCAUAUCUUCAGGAUCAUCAACCAAAAUGCUACUCGCACCCACACCCUUUUCAUUCUGUGCUCCACCAAAGCUUCUAUCUUCUGCAACUCUUUCUCAUCCCCUAAAACAAAGAGAUGCUGUUACCAUAUUCUCCACCACAACAAAAUCCCCUGUUUCUUCCAUUCAAUCUUCACCAAGAAAGCUGCUUGCUACACCCCCUCCAGGAAAAUUUCUCCGACAAGAUUAUCUUGUUAAAAAGUAUUCUGCUAAAGAGAUUCAGGAACUGAUAAAAGGAGAAAGAAAUGUACCGUUGGUUAUAGAUUUUUAUGCAACAUGGUGUGGGCCUUGUAUAUUGAUGGCUCAAGAGCUUGAAAUGCUUGCAGUCGAGUACGAAAGUAAUGCUAUGAUAGUGAAGGUGGACACAGAUGAUGAGUAUGAAUUCGCACGUGAUAUGCAGGUAAGAGGUCUACCGACAUUGUACUUUAUUAGUCCCGAUCCAAACAAAGACGCAAUUAGAACCGAAGGCCUCAUUCCGCUUCAAAUGAUGCGCGAUAUUAUUGACAACUCCAUGUGAAAGAAAGAAACCGAAGAUGAGUGAUUAUUUUUUCCUGCAUGUGUUGAAAAGUAGAGUAGAUAUAUUAAGUUCAUUUGUUGUUACUUUUAGCACAUUAAAGUUGUCAAGUGUAUUGAUAAGAUUAAUAGCACUUUUUGUUAGGUUAAAGACUCUGUAUCAAUCUUUGUGAGCGGAUUAUUUGUAUCGAGAGCAAUGUACUUUGGUUUAGAAACC